AUGGAGAACCUCUCACAAAGGAUCAGGGUUCCAUCAUGCACCGGGGUGCAGAGUAAGUGGCAUAGCCAACUGUUAUACACCACAAUCCAACUUCAUCUUGGACAGCAGAGGAUAGCCGGCACGGCAGCUCAACCCAAAAUCUCGUUGUGGGGUCUUGCUUCCGCUUGCAAUCCCCUUCGACCCUCGGAUAUCACAUCUCCUUCCCAUAGAGUUGGGAACAAUAUCGAGACAGCGUAG